AUGCUCGGCAUCGCCCGCGGCCUGCUCGACCGGCGCUGGUCCGUCUCCUUCCUCGGCUCCAGCCUCCACCAGGCCGCCAUCGAGGCCUCCGGCGUCGCCUUCUACCGCCUCCAGGGCGCCGCGGACCUGCAGCGCCCGGCCGGACCCAACAGCGCCAACGUGCCGGAGCACGACUCCCUGCCCUGGCCGCAGCAGCAGCAGCAGCAGGCGCCGCCCUCCGCCCAAGGCCAGUCGUACCAGAGCCUCGAGGCCCUGCCCGACGCCUACGCGAGCCUCUGCGCCGCGCUGAGCGACCUGUACUCCUCCUCCCCGGGGAGGAGGGUCGUCGUGCUGGCCGAGGCCUUCUUCUACGGCGCCGUGGCGCUGCGGCUCGGCGCGCCGCUGCCGGAGGGCGUGCCCGAGCGGCCGCGCAGCCUCUGCGUGUCGGUCACGCCGCCCGCGAUCCGCAGCGCCGACCUCCCGCCCUUUGGCUUCCCGUUCCCGUUCGACCCCUCGGCGCAGGGGCGAGCGAGGAACGCGGCGCUGUGGGCCGAGUGGGAGCGGCGCGCGGCGCCGCUCACGCGCCUGCUGGACGCGAAGCUGCGCGAAGCUGGGGUCGUCGUCGCGGGAAAGGUCGGGGUGCUCAUGGCGGGCGGGAAUUAUACCUGCCACGAGCGGAUACUGCAGGUCGGCCUCCCCGGGCUCGAGUACCCGCGGUGCGACUUCCCUGCGCAGUUUCGCAUCGUGGGGAUCAUGCCGCGCAGCACCACCGGUUCCGCGAAGAGGCCCGAGUUCGACUGGUGGAGUGAGAUUCUCGCCAACUCCGAGCUCGCGGCGGACGAUCCGGCGAGGAAGAAGGUCGUGGUGGUCACGCAGGGCACGGUGCAGACCAACCCGGAUGAUCUGCUCAUCCCGGCCAUGCAGGCGCUUUCUCAGAGGGAGGACGUGCUCGUGGUGAUGAUCCUGGGUAGCAGGGGGGCCCGUCUGCCGGCGAGCGUGGCGAUGGCGACAAACGCCCGCGUGGCCGACUACCUGUCUUACGGCGCCGUACUGCCGUACACGGAUCUCUGGGUGCAUAAUGGCGGGUACGGGGCCGUCACGCAGGGUAUCGCCCACGGCAUACCCAUGGUCAUCGCCGGCGAUGGGCAGGACAAGCCGGAGUGCGCGAAGAGGGUGGGCUGGUCUGGCAUCGGUCUCGAUCUGGGCGUCACCCGGCCCGGCAAGGAGCGGCUCGGGGAUGCCAUCGAGCAGGUGCUAAGGGAGGAAAGAUUCAGGGCCAGGGCAGAGGAGCUGAAGAGGGAGAGCGAGGCGAUCAACAUCUUUGAUAAUGUCGAGGAGGAGAUACUUAAGGUUGCAAGCGAGGCGCCUUUGCCUAGGUAG